CGCAAAAAAAAUAAAUAAAUAAAUAAAUAUGGCUGCCUGUGCAUGGAGCGUGAGCACGGCGAUGUGCUCCUUGAGAGCAUCUAAGGGAAAACAUAAUCGCUUCCUAUCGACAUCCCUACUGCGACUUGCAUCAGGAGCGGAUAGUGGCCAGACACCUAAAUUCAAGCCUCCUAUGAAACCUGUCAUUCUCGAAAAGAGUGACACCGAGAUACCGGUCCGCAGAUUCGUGAGCCCCGAAUUCAUCCCUCCUCGGCAAAGAACAAAUCCACUGAAAUUUGCUCUUGAAAGGAAAGACAUGCUUAAAAGGCGGACAAUGCUGAAAAUUCCAGAAUUUUAUGUUGGAAGCAUUUUAUCUGUGACCAUGUCGGACCCACACGCCAGUGAAAAAACAAACCGCUUUGUGGGUAUUUGUAUCCAGAGAUCAGGCAAUGGCCUCGGAGCCACUUUCAUCCUCCGGAACAUUAUUGAUGGGCAAGGUGUGGAGAUCUGCUAUGAACUGUACAACCCCCGCAUACAGCAGGUGGAGGUACUGAAGAUGGAGAAGAGGCUGGAUGAUAAUCUCUUGUACCUCCGAGAUGCCCUGCCUGAGUAUAGCACCGUGGACGUUAACAUGAAGCCUGUUCCCUCCUCCAUUAGCGGGGAAGUGCAUCUCAAUGCACUGAAAGUGAGGAUGAAGCCAAAGCCGUGGUCCAAGCGCUGGGAGAGGCCCAAAUACAACGUCCAGGGCAUCCGCUUUGACCUGCGCCUCUCUCCAGAGAAGAUGGAAGAGGCCCAGAAAUGGGCUCAACCCUGGCUAGAGUAUGACAUGCUCAAAGAGUAUGAUACCUCCUCCAUGGAGGACAUCCUCUGGCGGGAGGUGCAGGAGGAGACAUGCAAGUGAGCUUCUCUCCAAUGUGCAGUGCGAGGUCAUGGCAACGUUUUUUUGUCAUCUAUGCUGGGCUCAAUAGGGAUUGGAUUCUCUUUGAUGUUUCCUCAGCAAUCAGAAAAUACUGGGUUUGAGACCCUAAAUAUCUUAACCAGAAGCUAAGGACUUGUGCAUCUCUUAUGAUGUACCCAUCAAAACAGUUUUCCCUUUUGACAGCAGGUAGCUGAAAGUUUAGAAAUAGAGCCAAAUACUUGUGGCCCAAGAGACAUUUUACAUGUCAAUCAAUCAUGUUUGUAUUUUGAUGAUUGUACUCUGAUCACAUUUGGGGUCUGAAAAUUCAUCGGUUAAAAUAAUAAGUGGGGUUAGCACAGAGUGAAGUAUGUGUGUAUGUAUGUCAUAUGUGUUCCAAAAGUAAACUAGUCCUGUAAGAAAA